AUGCGGGUGAAGGAGCUGCAUCCUCUCUGCUGUAUCACUCUGGAGAGUCCACACGGGAUUAACGACAACAAGUCGUCGGAGCCGGUGACGAAUUUGACUAGGUCGAGGAGUCUUCCGGCGACGUCUUUCGCGCUCGGAUCCGGCCGGAGGAAGGUGAACUCGUUGGGAUCGGAGUCGGAGACUGUGGCUGGGAUCUUAUACAAGUGGACGAACUUCGGUAAAGGAUGGAGAUCUAGAUGGUUCCUCCUCCGCAACGGAAUCCUCUCUUACUCUAAGAUCCGGCGACCGGAGAAUUUGAAUCUCCUCUCUCCGUCGGACGAUGUGAGACUAAUCGGAAAUAUCUCCGCCGAUCGUCUCACCAGGAUGGAUAGUUGCAGCGGUCGCCGGAAACAGCAGAAAACCGUCGGCAUUGUUCAUCUCAAGCAGGUUUCGUCUUUUAGAGAAAGCAAGUCUGAUGAUAGAAAGUUCUAUAUAUUCACAGCAACAAAGACUCUUCAUCUGAGGACUGAUUCUAUAAGUGACAGAGCAGCUUGGUUACAAGCUUUAGCAUCUACAAAAUGCAUUUUCCCUCUCCGGUCACUUAAUGGGGAUUUCUCAUUCAAGUCACCAAAGGAUUUGUCUAUAUCGACUGAGAGACUAAAGAAACGGCUGCAAGAAGCGGGAAUGAGCGAGAAUCUAGUAAAAGAGUGUGAACAGAUCAUGCUCUCAGAGUUUUCUGAAAUGCAUGGACAAAUCAAACUUCUACAUGAAGAACGGACGAAUCUGAUUGACGCAUUGAGGCAGCUAGAGGCAGCUAAUCUUGAAGCUGGAGCAUCAGGGAUCGAUGACAAUGUCUACCAAUUAACAAAGCAUGAAUUUUCAAGCCUUGGACGUGGGAAGUAUAGUGAAUGCAGCACAACUGCUUCAUCUGAUGAUAAACAAGAAUUCGAGGAUGUGUCUGAGGAAGAUGAGCCUUCUUUCCAUGACACGAAAGAGUACUUUAACGAACCUAAUGCUUGUUCUGGAUCCAAUCUAUCAAUCAAGAGAAGAACAAAGCUUCCUGAUCCAGCUGAAAAAGAGAAAGGUGUUAGUCUUUGGUCUAUGAUUAAAGACAACGUUGGAAAAGAUCUCACCAGAGUUUGCCUCCCUGUGUAUUUCAACGAACCAAUAUCAUCCCUCCAAAAGUGCUUUGAAGAUUUGGAGUAUUCAUAUCUUCUGGACAGAGCAUAUGAACAUGGAAAAUCUGGGAAUGGUCUUUUAAGAGCCUUGAAUGUUGCGGCUUUCGCGGUCUCUGGAUAUGCUUCCACUGAAGGCCGGCACUGUAAGCCCUUCAACCCUUUGCUUGGAGAAACCUAUGAAGCUGACUUCCCUGAAAAGGGUAUUCGUUUCUUCUCUGAGAAGGUCAGCCACCAUCCAACUGUUAUCGCCUGCCAUUGUGAAGGUAAAGGUUGGAAGUUCUGGGGUGACACUAACCUCAGAUCAAAGUUUUGGGGGAGAUCGAUCCAAGUCGAACCUGUUGGAGUUUUGACUCUAGAGUUUGAUGAUGGAGAAGUCUUUCAAUGGAGCAAGGUAACAUCAACUAUAUACAAUAUCAUACUAGGUAAACUCUACUGUGACCAUCAUGGUGUAAUGCAAAUCCGUGGGAACCGUCAAUAUUCUUGCACGCUCAAGUUUAAGGAACAAUCCAUUCUUGAGAGAAAUCCACACCAGGUAAAUGGUUUUGUAGAGGACGUGGCUGGACAGAAAGCUGCAACAGUGUUUGGUAAAUGGGAUGAUAGCCUUCACUAUGUUGUUGGCGAUGGAGUCAGCAAGACGAAAGUCAGCGAUCCUGCAUCGAAUGCCUCGUUGCUUUGGAAAAGAACCAAGCCACCGCCUAAUGUCACUCGAUACAACUUAACCUCGUUCGCCAUUACCCUGAAUGAGCUAACACCUGGUUUGCAGGAGAUGCUUCCUCCCACAGACUCUAGGCUGAGACCAGAUCAACGGCAUCUGGAGAAUGGUGAAUAUGAGAAGGCGAACUUAGAGAAACAACGGUUAGAGAAAAGGCAACGAAUGUCACGGCAACUUCAAGAAAGUGGAUGGAGACCGAGAUGGUUUGAGAGACAAGGAGAAAGCGAAACGUUCAAGUACACUGGUGGUUACUGGGAAGCAAGAGGACACAGAAACUGGGAUGAUUGCCCUGACAUCUUCGGGGAAUUCACUGAAGAUCUAGCAGAUUCUGCUUAA